AUGCGAUCUUCAGCCUGGAUCAAACAUAUACUAUUGACAAGUUCACUGUCUGCUAUUGCGGCUGGGAGUAGUCAAGCCGCCUUAUCACCCAAAGAUGAAAUCCCUCAACUUCGGCCAAAUGCAACCAAUGGAGACAAGAAGAACAUUGUCUUCAUUCUUACUGAUGACCAAGACUCUGUUUUGGACUCAGUCUCAUACAUGCCGAAGCUGAAGGAGCAUAUCGUUGACAAGGGUAUAUCUUUCGUCAACCACUUCACCACCACAGCAAUCUGCUGCCCAGCCCGUGUUGCACUUUGGACAGGAAAGCAGCCACACAGAAGUCGUGCUGACCAGAAAGGUGGCUACCCCAAGUUCAUCUCACAGGGCCUUAACGAGAAUUAUCUACCAGUCUGGCUAAGUGAAGCCGGAUAUAACACAUACUAUACAGGAAAACUAUUCAAUUCUCACACUAUCAACAACUAUAACUCGCCUUAUCCUGCAGGGUGGACAGGAACCAACUUCCUCCUCGACCCGGGGACAUAUGACUACUUGAACCCGAUUUACCAGCGUAACCAGGACGCACCGAUACAUCACAAAGGAGAACAUACUUCAGAUUUGAUUGCUCAACAUGCGCAAGAGCUCUUGAAGGAUGCGAUUGACUCAAAGAACCCUUUCUUUGUUGCCCUCGCCCCCAUUGCGCCGCACUCGAAUAUUGACUCGGAUCGGGAGGCUGCGACUUCUAUGACGAUACCUAUUCCUGUUGAGAGACAUGCACAUCUCUUUGAAGGGGUCAAGGUUCCAAGAACAGACAACUUUAACCCAGAUUCUCCCAGCGGAGUAAGUUGGAUUCGCAAACUCAAGCAACUCAACGACUCAGCUGUAGCGUAUAUCGAUGAUUACCAUCGAGCACGACUCCAAUCUCUCCAAAGCGUUGAUGAGCUUGUGGAGCAAGUCACGAAGCAGCUGGAAGACGCUGGCCUCAUCAAUGAGACUUACAUCAUCUACAGCUCUGACAACGGCUUCCACCUAGGUCAGCACCGACUCCCUCCUGGCAAAGAGUGUGGAUUCGAAGAGGAUAUUCGCGUGCCCCUUUUCAUCAGAGGACCGGGUGUUGUUGCUGGGCAAGUUGAGAAGGCUGUGACGACGCACAUCGACCUUGCUCCCACCCUGCUCAAGCUUGCAGGUGUGUCCUUGAGAGAGGACUUUGACGGCACUCCUAUUCCUGUCUCAGCUGACCAGGAGGUGAAGCGUCAUGAGCAUGUUGCUGUUGAGUACUGGGGUAUUGCUAUCGCUGAAGGCGAAAUCGGUGGCUUUGAUGGAAAGGGCCAAGCCAUAAUGCCCAACAACACGUACAAGGGCUUGAGGAUAGUGCACGAGGACUACGACUUUUACUACUCGGCCUGGUGUAACAACGAACACGAGCUCUACGAUGUCAGAACCGACCCAGGCCAAUUGAACAACAUUUACCCCUUGAAUAACACCACGACUGCAAGCAAGACUUUCUUAGGAACCACAGUCCAGCAAGUCGUCAACCGUCUCGAUGCAUUAAUGCUCGUCCUAAAGUCCUGCAAAGGCGAAACAUGCAUCGAACCAUGGAAAGUUCUCCAUCCUGAAGGUGACGUGACAAGUUUGAAAGAUGCUCUUUCGGGGAAAUUCGACGUUUUCUAUGGUGACCAGGUAAAGGUUCGGUUCGAUCGUUGUGAAGCUGGGUAUUUGGUUGAAGCUGAAGGGCCGCAAGUUGGAUAUGAGUAUCGGGAGGGUCUGGCAUGGCAUCAUUGGACCUGA